UCUGCGCGCCACCGUCCCGGGCCCUCCGUGCCGCCGCCGCCUGCGUGCUCGGAGUCCCGCCCGUCGCCUCUGUCGCCUGGUCGGCCCGUCGCCGUCCCCCCGGGCGGGCGCCUGGGCGCGCAGACAUGGGCGGCCGCUCCCGAACGCGCUGGGCGGCCGUGGCGCUGGGAGUCACGGGGCUGCUGUGCGCCGUGCUGGGCGCCGUCAUGAUCGUCGUGGUGCCCUCGCUCAUCAGGCAGCAGGUCCUCAAGAACGUGCGCAUCGACCCCAGCAGCCUUUCCUUCAGCAUGUGGAAGGAGAUCCCCGUGCCCUUCUACCUGUCUGUCUACUUCUUCGAGGUGCUCAACCCCGAGGAGAUCCUGAAGGGCCGGAAGCCGGAGGUGCAGGAGCGUGGGCCCUACGUGUACAGAGAAUUCAGGCACAAGAUCAACAUCACCUUCAACAACAAUGACACGGUGUCCUUCCGGGAGCACCGCAGCUUCCAGUUCCAGCCCGCCAAGUCCCAAGGCUCUGAGAGCGACUACAUCGUCCUGCCCAACAUCCUGGUCCUGGGUGCUGCGAUGAUGAUGGAGAACAGGCCCAUGAGUCUGAAGCUGAUGAUGACCUUGGCGUUCAGCACCCUAGGGGAGCGAGCCUUCAUGAACCGCACUGUGGGCGAGAUCAUGUGGGGCUACGACGACCCCCUCGUGAAUCUCAUCAACAAGUACUUCCCAGACAUGCUCCCCUUGAAGGGCAAGUUCGGGUUGUUUGCUGAGAUGAACAACUCGGACUCGGGGGUCUUCACGGUCUUCACAGGGGUCAAGGACUUCAGCAGAAUUCACCUCGUGGACAAGUGGAAUGGGCUGAGCAAGGUCAACUUCUGGCAUUCGGAUCAGUGCAACAUGAUCAAUGGAACUUCCGGGCAAAUGUGGGCACCCUUCAUGACCCCCGAGUCCUCGCUGGAGUUCUAUAGCCCUGAGGCUUGCAGGUCCAUGAAGCUCAUCUACCAGGAGCCGGGGAUGUUUGAGGGCAUCCCCACCUAUCGCUUCGUGGCCCCCAAAACCUUAUUUGCCAAUGGGUCAGUCUACCCGCCCAACGAAGGCUUCUGCCCGUGCCUGGAGUCCGGCAUUCAGAACGUCAGCACCUGCAGGUUCGGUGCACCCCUGUUCCUCUCCCACCCUCACUUCCUCAACGCCGACCCCGUCCUGGCAGAAGCGGUGGCCGGGCUGCACCCUGACCCGGAGGAGCACUCCCUGUUCCUGGACGUCCACCCGGUCACGGGGAUCCCCAUGAACUGCUCUGUGAAGCUGCAGCUGAGCAUCUACGUCAAGUCCAUCAAAGGCAUCGGACAAACCGGGAAGAUCCAGCCUGUGGUGCUGCCACUGAUGUGGUUUGGAGAGAGCGGGGCCAUGGAGGGCAAGCCGCUGCAGACGUUCUACACACAGCUGGUGCUGAUGCCCAAGGUGAUGCACUACGCCCAGUAUGCGCUGCUGGCCCUGGGCGGUGCGCUGCUGCUCGUCCCCAUCAUCUACCAGGCGCGGAGCCAGGGCAGCAAAGGUGACGGGGGCCAGCCCCACCCGGUGGCUCAGCCCGCCCGGCCCCCCAGCCCCUGCGCCCCGCUCCUCCAGGACUCCCCCAGCGGACGGCCCCCCAGCCCCACGGCCUGAGCCCCGCCAGCCACACCCUGCACCCCGCGUGCCCAGGCGCGCAGACACUCAGGGACGGAGCUGCGCCAGGGACGGGAGAGGCCGCCAGGAAGCCAUCAGGAACCUUCUCUCCAGGUGACCUGUGGCCUGGCCACAGGCGCCGUGGACAUUAGCCCUCUCCUGGGAGAGGAUGGCCACCACCUUCUGCUCCCGGCUCCCUGUAGCCAGCGUGGCCCCAGCCACAGAGGACGGGCCUGUCCCCUGCAGGCCUCCAGUGCCAAAGCCAGGCCAGCAGGGCCUGGUCCUGCCCCUCGCCGCAGCCCCUGGGCCUGGCCCGGGCUGGAGCGGCUUUGAGUGGGCCUCAGGAACAAAGGGCAGAGGGCACCCUGCCAGGCUCCCAGCGCCCUGCCCCGUCACAGCGGCCCCAGGCGAGGGUCCGGCCCUCCUCCCUGACCCCCAUUGUCCUGUACGCUGAGCCAGCCACUCCCUGGCUGGGUGGCUGCAGCCUACCCCAGCCACCCGGGUCCCCAGCUCCAGGUGCCCGGGGGAGGUGGGAAGGCCCCGGGACCCAUAGUGCCCCUGGUCCCAGGGACAGCCCAGGCCCUUUUUCUACUGGAAGAGAAAUGGGUUUGUGGUGUUUUAAAGCUGACUCACUGUGGAAGCAAUAAACUUUGUAAGAACUAA